UAAACAGUUUGAUUUAUAUCAAUUAUUCAUUAUGUCAUACAACUUCGCCAACAAAAUCGCAAUUGUCACCGGGGGUCUUUCGGGAAUUGGUCUCUCCACCACAAUUAAACUCCUUCAGCUUGGAGCCAAGGUUGUGAUUGGAGACAUCACCGCGGAAAACAAGGUUGACCUGAUUUUGAACACCAUCAAAAAGGCCUCGCCCCUGAACCACGACAUUAGAUACUUACACACUGACGUUGCUUCGUUUGACGCCAAUAAGGACUUGGUUGAUUUGACCUUGGACGAGUACAAGGGCCUUGACUUUGUUGUGGCCAAUGCAGGUAUGAUUAGUUCGUCCAAGCCAGGGGCUGACCAAACCUGGGAAGAGUUCAAGAGAGUCAUUGACGUCAACCUUAACGGUGUGUUUGCCUUGAACAAGUUGGCUAUCAACUACUGGGAAGAGUUUGGCAAGAAAGGUAACAUUGUCAAUGUCGGUUCAAUUUUGAGUUUUGUUGGUAACCCAGGGUUGGCCAAUUACUGUUCCUCCAAAGGUGGUCUUAAAUUGUUGACACAGACCCUUGCCAUUGAGUAUGGUAAGAAGGGUAUCAGAGUGAACUCAGUUAACCCAGCCUAUAUCAAGACGCCAUUGUUGGAUAUCUUGGACAGAAAGGUGUAUGACGAAUUGGUACUUAGACAUCCAAUUGGAAGAUUGGGUGAACCAGAAGAAAUUGCUGACGCUAUUGCAUUUUUGCUUUCUGAUAAUGCUUCGUUUAUCACUGGACACUCGUUGUUAGUUGACGGUGGUUACACUGCUCAAUAGUUUUACUCUAAAAUUGUUUAUGAAAUUUAUGUUACUUUUUUGCGAUGCAACUAAAUUUAAUUGUAGAAAAAAAAA